UGACGUCAGGCCGUGAUGACGUCUCACCACUUCCUGUCUCCCCCGUUGGCAGCCAUGAUGCAGGAAGGACUGGACGACGGACCUGAUUUCCUCUCCGAGGAGGACCGGGGGCCGCGGGCAGUGAACGUGGAUCUGCAGACGGACGCCACGCUGCAGGUCGACAUCUCCGACGCCCUGAGUGAGAGAGACAAGGUCAAGUUCACCGUCCACACCAAGAGCACGCUCCCUAACUUCAAGCAGAACGAGUUCUCAGUGGUUCGACAGCACGAGGAGUUCAUCUGGCUGCACGACUCGUUUGUGGAGAAUGAAGACUACGCAGGAUACAUCAUCCCCCCUGCCCCCCCCAGACCAGACUUUGAUGCGUCCAGAGAGAAGCUGCAGAAGCUGGGGGAGGGAGAAGGCUCCAUGACCAAGGAGGAGUUCACCAAGAUGAAGCAGGAGCUGGAGGCAGAGUACCUGGCCAUCUUUAAGAAGACAGUCGCCAUGCACGAGGUCUUCCUGUGCCGUGUGGCGGCUCAUCCUGUCCUUAGGAAGGACCUCAACUUCCACGUCUUCUUGGAGUACAACCAGGAUCUGAGUGUUCGAGGGAAGAACAAGAAGGAGAAACUGGAGGAUUUCUUUAAGAACGUGGUGAAAUCAGCUGAUGGCGUCCUGGUGGCCGGAGUCAAGGACGUUGAUGAUUUCUUUGAGCACGAGAAGACGUUUCUGUUAGAAUAUCACAACCGAGUGAAAGACGCUUCGGCCAAAUCCGACAGAAUGAUUCGCUCACACAAAAACGCUGCAGAUGACAUCAACAGAAUCGCUUCGUCUCUCUACACAUUAGGAACGCAGGACUCCACAGACCUCUGCAAGUUCUUUUUGAAAGUGUCAGAGCUGUUUGAGAAAACGAGGAAAAUUGAAGCUCGAGUCGCAGCAGAUGAAGACCUGAAGCUCGCCGACCUCCUGAAAUAUUAUCUGAGAGAGUCGCAGGCUGCAAAGGACCUGUUGUACCGGAGGAGCCGGGCCCUGGUAGACUACGAGAACGCUAACAAGGCUCUGGAUAAAGCACGAGCCAAAAACAGAGACGUCCUGCAGGCCGAGACCAGCCAGCAGCUCUGCUGCCACAAGUUUGAGAAGAUCUCUGAGUCCGCCAAGCAAGAGCUCGUAGACUUUAAAACGAGACGAGUGGCGGCGUUCAGGAAGAACCUGGUGGAGCUGGCAGAGCUGGAGCUCAAACACGCCAAGGGGAACCUCCAGCUGGUGCAGAGCUGCCUGGGGAUCCUGAAAGGUAACACCUAACUGUACGACCCCGGACACCCAAUCACACACCCCCAUCGCCCUGCCCCCCCCCAUCACCAACUGUGGGGCGGAGCCUGGACGAAGGGACGGAUAACACUGAGAACUCUGGACCAGAGAGAGAGAGAGAGAGAGAGAGAGAGAACAAAGGGUUAACUGUGACAGGAAGUCUGUUAUCUUCAUCACUAACAAUCACUGCCCUCCUCAUCCUCAUCCUCCUCCUCCUCUUCAUCCUCCUCCUCAUCCUCCUCAUUGUCUCCUCCCACAGGUCCAGUAUCGGGUCAGUGUGGUUCUGUCUCUCCUGAGAGUUUUAAUGUGGCUGACUAUGAUUGAUCCGUAUCAAUGAUUCCUUAUUGGUGCUGAUCAGUGUCAGAACAGUUCACAGCUCAAUUCAUUUUUCUGAAUGUUGAUUUCCGUCAGUUAAAUGUCUGAACACAUAAAGUUUGAUUGAAUUCAGUGGAGCUGAAGCAGAACUUCACUCAGACGAGAGCGAGUGUAAACUGCUCUUCAUCUCAUGUUGACUAGAACGUAUCUUGUAAUCACCUUUUCAUCAUCAGGAGCACUAGAGCCACGUUGAAGAAACAAAAUCUGAUAUGUUGAGAAUAAGUUUGUAAUAUUAUGAGAAAAAAGUCAUAAUUCUACAAGAAUUAAGAAAAGAUAAAUACAUUUUUAGCAAAUAGCCAUGAAGUAGAACUCAUUGUCACACAGAGACUGAUCCUCUGAUAUUCACCAUCUAACAGCGCACGUGGAGGAAAAUUAUCACUUUAUUAUUGUAAAAUUACAACUUCAUAAUGUUACAGCUUUAUUCUUGUAUAGUUGCAAAUUAAUAAUAAUUUACAACUUUGUUCUUGUAAUAUUAUGACUUUAUCGGUGUAAUUUUUUCUUUCUUUGGCCCUAAUCAAUUUUAUGUGUCAUUGUCUUUAAUAUUCGAACAUAUUUUUUGGGGUUAAGCGAGGGGGACGGUGUGCGAGGGGACGGUCUGCGAGGGGGACGAUUUGAUUUCAAAAUAUUUGACUGAUAUUUGAAUAAGUGCAGGAUUCUGUCUCUUCUGAUCAUCUCUGAUGAAGUGUCACUCCUCACCUUCACCUUCAUCUUCACCUUCAUCCUCAUCUUCCCCUUCAUGCGUGAAGUGUGUCUCUCGCUCGCACUCUCUCACUUUCUGUGUCUGUUGGGGUUGUUUUAUUGUGAAGGUGAACUUCCUGUGCUGCUGUGUUUUGGGUCCAGCUCUGUUUCUGUUCUUAUUCAAGUAAAAUAUCACAAAAUAAAAUAUGAAUAUGUACAUGUUUGUUUUAGUUACUAAUGAACGCUAAUCAUCUUCUUCAUCUCCUUCAUCUUCACUAACUGUAGCUUCUGUUGAUUUUCUCUGAGUCAGAUGUUUUCUUGUUGUUCUGUUGAGGGCGGGGCUUCGGUCAGUUUUGCCUUAACAUCGAUCAGUUGCUCUGUUUGAUUUUUCAUAAGUUUUAAAAAUUGAAAACUGUUUUUGUCCCUGCUUCUUUUUUUAAAUGCACUGUAUAUGAAUGUUUUUCACUCUUGUGUGACCAAAGCUUCCAUUUACUGAUUGAAGAUGAAGACGUGAUGAAACAGAAAUAAAAUGAAAGAAGAACAAAAAGAACAUUUGAGUUGUUUCCUAUCGGAGCAGGUCUGUGACACACGCUGCUCAAACAGAGACUCAAUAAACUUUACAGACACUUUU